GAAAUUUCAGACCCUCGAAGUUCAUUUCUAUUUUCCCAUAUCAUCAACCUCAAAGUUGAAAAAGGCACAAUACAACUCCUAUCUGGCAGCUUUGCUAGGCGGCGGCAGCGACGGAGAAGGCGAGUAUACAGCGGAGUUUGAGUGAAGCACCGAAUGUCGAAGUCGUUGUUACAGCCGAUAGGCCAGAAGCGCCUCACAAAUGUCGCCGUUGUUCGACUGAAGAAGCACGGCAAUCGCUUCGAAAUUGCUUGCUACAAGAACAAAGUCCUUUCAUGGCGCUCUGCUGUGGAGAAAGAUAUAGAUGAAGUAUUGCAAUCCCAAAUUGUAUAUUCCAAUGUAUCAAAAGGAGUGCUAGCCAAGUCUAAGGAUUUAAUUGCUGCUUUCGGUACGGAUGAUCAGACAAAAAUAUGUUUGGAGAUUUUGGAUAAAGGAGAACUUCAAGUUGCAGGGAAAGAGAGGGAGGCCCAAUUAUCGAGUCAAUUUCGAGAUAUUGCAACUAUUGUCAUGCAGAAGACUAUUAAUCCCGAGACUAAACAUCCUUACACUAUUAGUAUGAUUGAACGUUUGAUGCAUGAAAUCCACUAUGCUGUUGAUCCUCAUAGCAGUUCAAAGAAGCAGGCGCUAGAGGUUAUACGUGAGCUUCAGAAGAAAUUCCCAAUUAAAAGGUCUCCGAUGAGACUCCGAAUCACUAUUUCUCUACAGAGCUUUCCCUCUAUCAAGGAGAAUCUAGAAACUUGGCACGGGGAGAUUGUGUCAAAGGAGGAAUCUGGAAAUCAACUUUCAGUUGUUUGUGAACUGGAUCCAGGUAUAUUCCGUGAAUUUGAUGGAUUGGUGAGAAAUCUACAGGGGCGACUAGAAAUUCUUGCGGUCUCUGUUCAUACAGAAGGAGAUACUGGUGUUGAUGCAUUUGAUGAAUUCAAUGAAGACAUUCCACCAAGCCUUUCUACUGAAGCUUCUGCUCUCCAGCUAAGUGAGAGAUUGCAAAAACAGUCGGUUUCGACUAGUACUAAAAGUUGUGAGGGGGGAGUGAAGCAAACAAAAUGCAGCACAUGCAAUGCCUUGGUAGGUGAUGCAAAGCAAUAUAGAGAGCACUUCAAGAGCGAGUGGCAUAAGCAUAACAUGAAGCGCAAGACUAGAAACCUUCCUCCCUUAAGUGCUGAAGAAUGCUCAGCUGAUGUGGAAUUAGACGACUCAAAGGAUGAUCUCAAGGAAUACUCGUUUUAACACUUCAAGUGUCAUUCUCAUUUUGCUACUUUGUCCCUGCGGUGCUAAUGAUGCUUUACUGGAAAACAUGUUAGGAGAAGACGAGCUUAUUUACAAUACUUGGUAAUUGGAUGGAUAUAACCAAGGGGAUUUUUGUUGAAUUGUAAACGAGUUGUGAAUCUAAGCAGUUUGUUUCUUUUUGUAAUCAUUUCUGUUUAUCAAAUUCUGGAUUGAUUUUGGGGAAUUUAGCCUUUUUACUACCAAA